GGAUUCACAGAAUAAUUCUUUGGGAGAGCAACUGGUCAACUGAGUAAAUCAGAUCAACUUGAAAUUCGUAUGACGGCAUGCAGUCUAUAAAAAUGGGAGAGAGCUUUUAGACAGUCACGAAGCGACGUCACAAGCGGAAGAGAAAUGUUUUGAUGAAAUUCUUUGUAUUUUGCUAUUCGUAGUGCUUAAAGCAAAGCAGAGAGAGAGCUUUUAUACAGUCGCGGAGUUGGCUUCAAACGAGUAAUGAGUCAGCUGCCCCACACAGUCACAAUAGAUAAACGAAUGGAAGAAGUUAAUGCGGAAAAUGAAACAACGCCACAGGCCACAGUUACGUCACAAGCGAAAGUAUUGGCUAUCGGAGAUAGGAGCAUACAAAAAACAGGAAAUAACAAUAAGACUGAUUUUAAGGAUGACUGUACAAUUCAUCUUGCUCGACUUUUGAUGGGAGCAGGAGUUCCUGUAGGCAAAAGAAAUAGUUGCGAUUUGUCGGAUAGGUUUACAAUGGAGAUUAUUGAGGAUGAUAACAAAACCAAAAGCUGUCAUUUUCAUUGUCAGACCGAUGUAAACUUUACAAAUAAUGGUAAUGGCUAUAAUAGUCUGCUGGUCAAUGCAGAGGCCAUAAUGCAUGGAGUGAGACAACGAUUGAAAGGAGAAAAUUGGAAAUCGAAAUAUGUGAUGGAGCUGCCACUCAAAUCCAAACCUAAUCCUAAACUAUAUGGAUUCGGAGAACUUUAUGAUACCCAUCACUAUAUUAAUGAUGUAAUUGGAAGCGUCUUUCGUGACGAAGAAAAUCAACUUUAUCAUUUCCUCUGUUAUUUUCACAAUGAAUAUGUUGAAGAAAAGACGAAAAAAUAAAUUUCUUGUGACCAGUUUUAAAAAUCCUUAAAAUACUUUAAUUAAUUGCUUAAGCAGUAGGCGCAAAAGAGCAAUUCGCAUACUGAAAAGACGCAACUAAAAGUAUUGAUGACAAUAAAAUUAAGUUAUCAUCGAGCUUUUACCGCAGCGCUUUUUAUGAAAUUAAUUGUAUUGCGUUAUGCGUAGUGUAUAAAGGCAAAGCAGAGAGAGCUUUACACAGUCACGGAGUACGCUUCAAACGAGAUUAUUGUGGAGUAAACGGGAUCUUCAGAUUUUGUGUUAAAAUAAUACUAACUAUGGAAAACGAAGAUGCCAAAAUCGAUACAAUAACAUCGAAGACAGAAGUAUUGGCUAUUGGAGAGAAGAGAAAUAAGAACAAAAAAAAGAGAAAUAAGCCAGCAGAAAUAAUCGAUGAAAGAGCGAAAUUCAAUGACGAUUGCUUGAAGCGGAUUGGUCUACUUCUAAUGGGAAGUCAAGCUCCCAUUGGGGGUGCGGACGAUUUAACCGCAUCGGAUUGGAUUGGAAUGGAGACGAUUAAAGAACAUAAUAAGCCUGAUCGUUUUAAAUUUUACUGUCUACGCGGUAAAAAUAAUCCGAAUACUAAGUUAUGGUUGUUCCGCAUACAUAAUGCUCACGUUAUAUUGCACGGAGUGAGAAAGCUACUGAAAGACGAAAAUUGGAUAUCUAAAGAUGUGAUACAAUCCCCACUCAAAGCAGAUGUAAGCGGUCAAUACUAUAAUGAUGAGGCAUACUACAUUCAGAGAAUAAUUGCUGAAGUAGCUCAUGAUGAAUACGAUAAGCUGUGUCAGUUCGUGCAUUAUUUAAACUUCGAACAUAGUAAAAAGUCGGCAAAAGUUUAAUUCAUAUACAUGAAUACAACAAUAUUUAACAAU